AUGAAUGAAGAGCCAUUACCGGCAAUCCUCAUGCCUCUCUCUCGUGUCUCCGACUGUGACCUCCUAUGCGGAGAGGACACAUCCGAAAUCCUCACCGGAGAUUCGACGGAAUACUCCUCCGAUCUCGGUUCAUCGUCGCCGUCGCCGUCAUUAUUCGCGGAAGAGGAAGAGGCCAUUUCCAUUUUCAUGGAACAGGAGCGUAAGUUCGUCCCUGGAUUCGAUUACCUCUCAAGAUUCCAAUCUCGUUCUCUAGAUGCCAACGCCAGAGAAGAAUCCGUUGCAUGGAUUCUCAAGGUACAUGCGUACUAUGGUUUUCAGCCGUUGACGGGGUAUCUUUCGGUUAACUAUAUGGAUCGGUUUUUGGAUUCUCGAACUUUACCGGAAUCAAAUGGAUGGCCUCUGCAACUUUUAUCAGUUGCAUGUUUGUCUUUAGCAGCAAAGAUGGAGGAACCCCUAGUUCCUUCUCUCUUGGACCUUCAGGUAGAAGGUGCUAAAUACAUAUUUCAACCGCAAACGAUUUUAAGAAUGGAGCUUCUUGUUCUAACUGUGUUGGAUUGGAGGCUAAGAUCAGUCACCCCACUCAGCUUUCUGAGUUUCUUUGCGUGCAAACUAGAUUCAACUGGAGCAUUCACCGACUUCCUCAUUUCACGUGCUACAGAAAUCAUCUUAUCUAAUAUCCAAGAAGCUGGCUUUCUUGCCUACAGGCCAUCAUGCAUUGCUGCAGCUGCAAUACUCUCUGCAGCUAAUGAAAUUCCUAAUUGGUCUUUUGUUAAGCCUGAACAUGCUGAGUCAUGGUGUGAGGGCCUAAGAAAAGAAAAAAUUAUAGGGUGCUAUGAAUUGAUGCAAGAAAUUGUGAUAAGCAAUAACCCAAGAAAUCCACCUAAAGUGUUGCCACAGCUGCGAGUUACAACUCGAACCCGAAAGUGGUCCAAUGUCUCAUCAUCAUCUCCAUCUUCCUCCUCUUCACCCUCUUUCUCAUUAUCUUAUAAAAAAAGUAAACUAGAUAGUAACUGCUUCUGGGUAGAUGAUGACAAAGGAAACUCUGAGUGA